AUGUUGAGCACUAAGAAUUCCUGCGUGGGAAUAAUGAGCGCCACCGUGGGAAUGGACCGGAGCAGAGUAGGACAGAGGCUCCAAGCCGCCUUGGCCGGGUUGCAAGAGCUCCAUCUGCUUCGGGACAGGCAGGGCGACAUGGUGAGCUGGGCGCUGGGAGUGGACCGGGACGAGCCGCUCGCUCGCCUGGAUGCCAGGAUGAUGGGGGCUGAGGAGCAGCGAUUGGAGGCGACCCUCACAGCCCUGAAGCAACAGCUGUCUCGUCUUCGGAAACAGGAUGUAGGACUGAAAACUCACCUGCAACAGCUCGACCAACAAAUAAGUGAGCUGAAGCUUGAUGUAAGCAAGGCCUCCACUGAACAACUGGAGAGUGACAGCAGACCAAGUUCAGGAUUCUAUGAGCUCAGCGAUGCUGGCUCUUGCUCCUUGUCAAACUCUUGCACAUCUGUGUACAGCGAGUGCCUGUCGUCCUCCCAGACAAGUCUUCUCCUCCCUAAUUCUCAAGUUAGCCCAGCAUUACAAGCCGACUUGUACCGCCGCCGUUCUGCAGACGAAGGUCCGACUCACGCCAACGCUACGCGGGUAACGGGUCUUCAUUUGGGAAGCAGUAGGAUUAGAGCCAACUCUGCCGUCACUGAAGUUGCAAGGCCAAGACCUGUGUCAACAGGUGACCUUGACAGGGUGAUGACACAAGGACUAAUCUACAAACAAAUGGAUGGCAAAAAACGACCAAUGUGCCCGAAUCUGAAGAUUCCUCCAAUAGACCCCAAGUUCCAGGGCAAUUUGGUGUCCCGCAACGGAAUUGAAAUGUACCACUACCCGAGCCCCUUGCAUGCUGUUGCCCUCCAGAGUCCAAUCUUCUUCCAAGCUGGGGAAUCAGACAUAAUAACUGUGGACAGGCCCCCAGUGAGCGAUUCCGACACACUCCAGGGUACUGAAAUGGGCUAUGACUCCAACACACUGGGUUACAUUGACAAGCUCCUCCAGCGCAGCUCCAGCAAAACCCAUAGGAAUCAGGAGGCCAUGCAGACAAACGGCAGCUACGAGAGGAAACCGCCCGCGUUUCGUCAAGAACCGCUAUCUCUUCCUCAACCUCCCCCAACUAAAGCCACAAACAUCAUACCAAUUGAUAAAGAGCAGAUGAGGGACUGUGUGCCACAUUCCGGUGCAGAAACAACUGAUAAUCCAGGACACCAACAGUCCGUGAGACCUCAGGAGCUUUCAUACGGGCAUUGCUAUCCUGCUGUGGCGAAAGAGUACAGCUCCGAUGAGGUGGCGACUUCAUCACUAAGGAAGAAAGACAAAACACAUGUUGGUUUUGUCGCAAGAGGCCACACGGAAAAAGCGUGUGGCGAAUGCCUACAAACAAGAGCAAUAGAGAAGAAAGUUCAUAGGCAGAGACCAGUCGUUUCACAAAGCUCAAGCGCAGAAGAUAGUCAAGUCUUUGAGGUGCAAAACGGCAAUACGGACUCCCCCAAGUUCGUCCAUGCCAAAUUCGUCCCCGCCGGAACUCAGAGGGUCAAAGUGAGACAAGCCGAUCGUAGAAGCAAAGCCGUAAAACUCCGACGAAAGAGCAGCGAGAAACCUCGAGCGUUGAAGCAACAGCACGAACGAACCCGAGAAUCCUUUGGAACUAAAGGAGAAGCGAGAAGAACUGGAAAAGGGAAGUUGAUCCAGAAAUACCAAUGCUGUCCAACUGAGGAGCACAAACAAGGUUCUUGCGUAGACUCCAGCCAAUUCAGCCUUGGGUUAAUCCACCCUCAGAAAGUUUAUCCAAAGCCUACUUCAUCUGCAACCAAGCCUAGCAAAAGCCGAAGAAUGCAGUCUGAGGAGUACGAGCAGCAGCAGCAGAAGAAGAAGAAGCAAGCGGCUGCCAAGUGGCUAUCUGAUGGAGAACAUUUCCAGCGUCAGAGAUCCAAAGAACUCCAGAACAAUUGGCUAGGAAUGCAUCACCAAUUCAUCUCAUCGAACUCAUUCAACUCUAACCUCAACGCCAGGUACCCUCCGGCUCCCUACAACAGGUCCGGCCUCUACCCUCCUCGGUGCGAGUCCGAGUACUCCGCCGAGUGCGUAUCAGUUUUUCAUUCCACCAUCGCGGCAAGCAGUGACGGAGAGAUGAGCGAUAACACCACCAAUCGCUUUGGCGAUAGCGAAUCCAGCAGGAGUUCUCAAUCUUUCUCCGACUCUGACAGUAGCUUGUCGGCAGAGGAGGGGGAACAUCUCGAUUGGCACGAGGAGGAGGGCGACCUAGUAUGGGCCGAAGCUUCUCUGGGGCCCACCGCGGCCGGAAAAGCCCUCCCACGUCCGGAGCCCUCGGCUUGCCGCAUUAAAGCGUCUCGAGCCUUGAAGAAGAAGAUAAGGCGCUUUCAGCCUGCUUCUCUAAAGGUCAUGACCCUGGUCUAG